AUGUAUCCUAGUAUUCUUGCGUUGGGAGUUAUCCUAAUCGAGAUUGCAACUAAACAGCUAUUUAGAUAUGAGCGCUUGGAUUACCUCUGGGAUGAAACCACGAUCAACGAUUACUACGAGUGGGCAUGGACCAUAGCAAAUUGCAGUAAUCUGGGAAACAUGAUCCGAGCUGCUUACGAAGUAGUAGUAAACAAUUGUCUCGACGCCGAACUUUUCAAGGAUGGCUUAAUUGAUCCGUCGAAAUUUGACGAAGAUCUCGAAAUCAGACAGUCGCGUCUCUACGAGAAAGUUGAGGUCUCUAAACCGGAAAUUCCUAUUUCUCAAAAUCCCCCUCAAACCGAACAAACGAGGCUAGUAAGCCGCUCCCGGUUCACUAUCGCUAUUUUCUGUGCCUUGCCCUUAGAAGCCGACGCCGUUAGCGAAGUUUUCGAGAAGAUUUUGGACGAAGAAGUUAAAGACUACCACAAAGCACCCGGAGAUGAUAAUAUAUAUACCCUGGGUAAACUCCUGCACCAUAACGUCGUUCUCGUCUAUAUGGCCGGUAUGGGGAAAGGCGCCGCUUCCCAGGCAGCUUCGACUAUACGAUCUAGCUAUCCGGAGAUCAAGCUCGCGCUUGUGGUUGGAAUCUGCGGAGGUGUUCCGUUAUACGUGGCUGGCGAGGAGGAUCUCGUCCUUGGCGAUGUUGUAAUCAGUAAUGGAAUUGUGCAAUAUGACUUUGGACGGCGAUUCCUAGAUACUUUUUUGAGCAAAGCCAGGCCGGAAAUCGCCGGUCCUAAGCUCCGGGGCUUGUUGGCUAAGCUUAAAGGGCUCGGAUGUCAGAAAGGGUCGCUGGUCCCGCGCAAACGAUUGCAGGAGGCAUCGGCGAACGGUUGCCCCCUAAGUCCCAAAAUACACUUCGGCCUCUUUGGCUCUGGUGACAUAGUUAUGAAAUCUGGGCAACAUCGAGAUAAAACUGCAACCACACACGAUCUUAUCGCUUUUGAAAUGGAGGCGUCGGGGGUUUGGGAUAUUCUGCCGUGUCUUGUCAUCAAAGGUGUGUGCGAUUAUGCCGAUAGCCAUAAGAAUAAAAACUGGCAACACUAUGCGGCUGCUACUGCUGCGUCAUGUAUGAAAGCUGUAUUGGAGGAAUGUGCGAUAGGAGACUGGUAA